AUGGCGCCUGGCCCUGGAGCGUCCUCGAUCUCGGUCACUGUUCGUGUCCGUCCUUUCACAAUUAGAGAAGCGGCUCAACUAGCUCGGACAGAUGAUAGCACGGUAUUUCUAGGUGACGGCUCGCUCGCCGCUGCUCCGGCGCCGAAACUACACCAGAGGGGCCUCCGAUCAGUAAUUAAGGUCGUUGACGACCGGUGCCUGGUGUUUGAUCCUCCAGAAGACAACCCUGUCCAAAAAUUCUCCCGAUCCGUCGUCCCCGCCGGCAAGAAGGUCAAGGACCAAGUCUUUGCCUUCGACCGCAUCUUCGAUGACAACGCCACGCAGACGGAAGUGUACGAGGGCACAACGAAGCAGCUCCUCGACAGCGUCCUUGACGGCUACAAUGCCACGGUAUUCGCCUACGGUGCCACCGGAUGUGGCAAGACGCACACGAUUACUGGAACCCCUCAGCAGCCUGGCAUCAUCUUUCUGACAAUGCAAGAACUCUUCGAGAAGAUCCAUGAGCGGAGCGACGACAAGGUCACCGAGUUGUCGUUGUCAUACCUCGAGAUCUACAAUGAGACCAUCCGUGACUUGCUCGUGCCUGGCGGCAGCAAGCAGGGCUUGACCCUUCGAGAGGACCUGAACCACGCCGUCACCGUUGCGGGCCUGACGAGCCACCACCCCAAGGACGUGCAAGAGGUUAUGGACAUAAUUGUCCGCGGUAACGAGUACCGCACAGUCUCCCCCACCGCAGCCAACGCCACAUCCUCUCGGUCCCACGCCGUGCUGCAGAUCAAUAUCGCCCAGCGUGACCGCAAUGCAGACAUUAGCGAACCCCAUACUAUGGCCACCCUCAGCAUCAUCGAUCUUGCGGGCUCCGAGCGCGCUAGCGCAACGAAGAAUCGAGGCGAGCGUCUCAUGGAGGGCGCCAACAUCAACAAGUCCUUGCUGGCCCUCGGAAGCUGCAUCAAUGCGCUCUGCGACCCUAGGAAGCGCAACCAUGUUCCCUACCGAAACAGCAAGCUAACGCGACUUCUCAAAUUCUCGCUCGGCGGGAACUGCAAGACCGUCAUGAUUGUGUGCGUCAGCCCCAGCAGCGCCCACUUCGACGAGACGCAAAACACCCUAAGGUACGCCAACCGCGCGAAGAACAUCCAGACCAAGGUCACCCGUAACGUCUUCAACGUCAACCGCCACGUCAAGGAUUUCCUCGUCAAGAUCGACGAGCAGAUGGCUCUCAUCAAAGAGCUCAAGGCCCAACAAAAGGAGGCGGAGUCCAUCUUCUUCGCCAAGUUCCGCAAGCAGCACGAGAAGAAGGAGGCAACUACGCGCGAGGGCGUCCAGAGGCUGAGGGCGGCGUACGACAAUGCGCUGCAGCAGCGCCAGGAGAAGAUUGCGAGCCUGAAACGGCUCAAGGCCUUCGAGAGGCGCAUCAGCCUGCUGGAGGCGUGGCUGUCGUCUUUUGAUGCCGUUUGCGAGUCGCGGGGCGCCUCGGAAGAGGACAUGCCCGAUUCGCUGCGAGCCAUUCAAAAGACCGCCAACGGCAUCCUAGCUGAGUUGCAGACCAGUCGACAUCACUUGCAUCAGAGGCUCGAGAAUUCGAACUGGGAGCGAGUCAUCGACACCGCGCUGCAGCAUAGUAUCCGACUUCUUCCCGAUGGCGAGACCGCCGAUAACUCUUCGCAGAUUGCCACCCUCCAGAGGGAAGCGGAGCUGCUCAGGACCACAUUUUCUAAGGAGAUGUACCGGGAAGUGCUCGAGCAGGAAAAGGGUGCCGACAGGGGUACCAUGGAGGUUCUACUGACUGCGCAACUGGAGAUUAUUUCCUCGCUGUCUGACACGCUCUCCAUGAGCGAGGAGGACGCCGUGGCCCACGCCAAGAACAUCAUCCAUAAGCUACUUGAAUCAGGCGUGGCCGCCGCGAACUACGUAGUCAGGCCCGACAGCGCGCCGCCCAAGAUCGAUGCAUUCCUACCCAGCAAGAGAGGUACGCCCAAGAAGAGGCGGCCGGCACGAGAUGCGCCCCGCGAUGUCCCCCAACCCGUCUUCAACGCGCCGGCUCCAAUCGUUGUCGCUCCGCAACAUCCCCUCUCCCCCAUUAAGGGUUCGCCCAAGCGCCGCAAGGCCCCUGUCGCCGCUAGGAAACCCCUUACCUUCACGCCCAAAAAGAAGUCUCCUUCCAAACGCACGGUACGAUGGCGAGAUGACGACGGCGAGGAUGGCCCACUCGUCGAAUUCCAGAAGACGCCACAGCCAUACGAGUCAACUUCCGAAGUUGACUCUCCCGCACCAAGACAUACUCCUCCGUCCCCGACCGUCUUUCAUUCCCAUUCCAUCCAGACUAUCCAAGAGAUCAACUCCUCCGACUCGAGUCCUUCCCUCGAAAUCCUCGAGCCUACCAUCCAGCUUGGCAAGCCUAACAGGUUCCAGGCUGGCUUCCUCUCCAAGUCCGGGCGCACCUCCGCCCAGCGCGACAGUAACUCCCCCGUCCUCGUCGCUCCCUCUCUCUCGCUCAACCUCGCCGCCGCGUCAUCAUCUCCGAACACGGAGGGCAGCCUCACAGCGCCGCUUAGAUCGCUCGACGUGACGCGGUCCUCCAACAUGUCUCCCCCGAGCGUUAUUCCCGUGCGGCCCUCUAAGAUCGCGAGCCCACCUAUCGCCCGCAACUCGUUCGACGAAAAUAACCCGCCCGAACAGAACGGCGGCGGCAACUCCUCGGGGUCCGAUAGCGAGUCUACCUCUGAUCUCGACGCCCGAAAGAUCGCCUCGGCUAUGUACUCGGCGAAGCGCCAUUCCGCCUCGGCCCGUCGUAUGUCCUCUCUGACUCUGCCCUCCGUUGCUGCGUCUUCCGCAGCCGCCUCCAAACGCGGCAUGGUCCCCGCCGAGCGAGCAAGCGGACACCGCCCUUCUCUCUCGCUGUCGUCUGUGCCGUCCUCGACGAACGGCAUCUCGCGCCUUAGGAGGAACAGCGGUGAGAGGAGGAAGAGCCCGCCCAUCAGCUGCUCGCCUCCCGAAGUGAAGUCCGUCACGCGCGCCUUCACUGCCGGGCAGGCUCGGAGGAUGAACCUUGGUGGUAGCGUCCGGGUCGAAUCCAGCCCUACCGCUCGAGAGGGCGCGUUGGAGGUGUCGAAGAAUAGGCGGGUUACCAUUGGUGGUGUGGCUGCGAGGGCGCCUCGGCCUAGCCUUGCGUGGAGGUAG